AAUUGGUAAAAGCGGAGCGUUGUGUUAUCAACAGUCGAGGCAAAAUGAAUAACUUCGUGAAUAUCCUUUUCACUGACGAUCCCUUGGAGCGCGAGGAGGAUUUCCAAAGGCGUAACCAGCCUCCGGAGAAAGUUAUUUCCACUUGCAGCCCGAGGAAAAAUCAGGAAAAAGAUAUCGGGAUGAAUGCUCCUCCAGAGAACGAAGCCAAGCGUCCCAUACUAAACUCUUCGAACUUUAACCAGAUAUUUGGAGCAUCUUCCGAAACAGAUGAUUUGGAUUUCGAGGACUUUCCCGACCUCAGCCAUCCGCAGCCAAAUGUCUCCAUUCGCGAGCAACUGCGCCUGACCUCCGUGAACCGCGGAAUUAUCCUUAGCAUUCACAGGAAUCACCAAAAGCGACUCGAGGACCUUUGGCACUCGCAAUUAAUCGAAAAACUAGUGCAAUAGUCAAACACAAGUAUGGUCAGAGAAAGGAGUGUUAUCCUUCUCGGCAGGAAGCUUUGCUCUUUCCCACUUGUGACUCAGU